AUGCAUUAUCAGCAUCAGGUAUUGAAAACAUCAUUAAAUGAUCCGAUGAUGGAUUCAAAUGUUGUUGCUGCUGGAACAGGUAUUUACGGAUCAGCCUCGAACCAACUCUAUGGUCCACAUGGAAUCUUUGUUGAUGUAAAUUUGGAUUUAUAUGUGGCAGAUUCCUACAAUGACCGUGUUCAGUUGUUCCAGUCGGGAGAAUUACAUGGCAUCACAGUAGCCGGAAGUGGAUCACUAAUUCCAACAAUUACACUUCAUUAUCCAACUGGAGUUAUAUUAGAUGCUGAUAAAUAUUUAUUUAUUUUGGAUUCUGGCAAUCAUCGUAUUGUUGGUUCAGGCGCGAAUGGUUUUCGAUGUUUAGUUGGAUGUCAUGAAAUGGGUUCACAAUCCAAUCAAUUGUCUGGUCCAGUUAGUUUGAGUUUCGAUCAUUUCGGAAACAUUUUUGUUUCUGAUCAAAGAAAUUCUCGAAUUCAAAAAUUUUUGUUGAUGAAAGAUUCUUUUGACCUUUCAUUUAAUCAACCAAAGUUUUGCCCAACAGCCACUUGGAAUUCCAAUGGAAUCACUGUUGCUAAUCAAUCAAUUGUUGGCCGACAUCCUAAUGCUUUUUUUGUGAACACAAACAAUACAGUUUAUGUCGCUAAUCAAGAAAAAAACACAAUUGUAAUGUGGCAAGAAGGGAGUGUCAAUCUACCACAGAUCAUUAGUGGCGGUUUUAUGCAACCCUUGUCUCUCUUCGUGACAUCAAAUGGUGAUAUUUAUAUUGAUGAUGGUGAUCAUAAUGGUCGAGUACUGAAAUGGAGUGCAGCAACAAGUACCUUUGCCGCGGUGAUGAAUAUCAACUCAUCAUGUGCUAGUUUGUUUGUUGAUAUCGAUGACACUCUUUACUGUUCAAUGCCUGAUCAUCAUCAAGUGGUGAAAAGAUCAUUAAGUUCUUUGAUGAAUUCAAAUGCUGUUGCUGCUGGAACAGGUAUUUAUGGAUCAGCCUCGAAUCAACUCGGAAGUCCACGUGGAAUCUUUGUCGAUGUGAAUUUGGAUUUAUAUGUGGCAGAUUGUGGAAAUAAUCGAGUUCAAUUGUUUCAGUCAGGAGAAUUACAUGGCAUCACAGUAGCUGGAAGUACAACACUAUAUCCAACAAUUACACUUCGUUGUCCAGUUGGAGUUAUAUUAGAUGCUGAUAAAUAUCUAUUUAUUGUGGAUUCUGGCAAUCAUCGUAUUGUUGGUUCAGGCAUGAAUGGUUUUCGAUGUUUAGCUGGAUGUUAUGGAAUGGGUUCACAAUCCAGUCAAUUGACUAGUCCAUCCAGUUUGAGUUUCGAUCGUUCUGGAAACAUAUUUGUGACUGAUCAAACAAAUCAUCGAAUUCAAAAAUUUCAAUACUUGGAAGAAUCAUGUGACAUGUCAUCGGUGGUUGAAACAAUGUACUCAUCUGCAUUAACAUCAAAUCACCCAAUAUAUCCACGUACUGGUUGUGAUAUUUCGUACUACUAUGAAGCCAUAAAAAUUCAGGUUUAUAAAAGUGGUCAUUAUAGUUUUAAUAGUAUGAGCAAUAUCAAUACAUACGGCUAUAUGUACGCAAAGUAUUUUGAUCCAUUUAGUCCGUCUGCAUUUUUAAUCUCCGCAGAUGAUGAUAGUUCCGGUAAUUCUCAGUUCAAUAUUAGUAUUCCUCUUGAGAUCAAUAUUGAAUAUAUAUUGGUUGUAACAACAUUUAAUUCAAAUGUAACAGGACCAUUCUCAAUCCGUGUGUCUGGUCCCAACCGUGUCGGUCUCGAACGUCUAAAUAGUCCACCAGUGAUCCAGUCGACAUAUUUAUCAAUGUUGACAGAGAAUAGUCAACAUUUUCCUCAACCCUUUGAAACUGGAAAAUAUUAUUAUGAAAGUAUACAAAUCAAUGUGGACAUGUCGGGAUUAUUUAUUAUUUCAAGCAAGAGUCGAUCCGAUUUAUCCGGGUCUAUUUACAAGAAUAGUUUCAAUCCAUUAAAUCCGACUGAAAACUUACUCGAAGUGGAUAAUAAUGGAUGUUCUGAUAAUCAAUUCAAACUCUUAAUUGCUCUUGAAGUCAAUACUAAAUACAUAUUAGUUGUAGCAACAUCACAAGCAAAUGUUACAGGAACAUUUUCAAUCAUUGUGUCUGGACCAACAAAAGCCGUUCUUGAACGUACUAGUAUUUCAUCUACAUCUACUUCUAAAUCUACAUCAACAGCGACAACAACAAAAACUGUUUCAUCUACAUCUAAAUCUAUAUCAACAGCAACUGCAUUCAGUGGUUCAUUACCAUUUAAAUAUAAACUUGAAUUUACUAUUGAUAGUAUACCAUAUAGUAAUAAAUAG